AAUUCUUGUUUUCUAUAAAAUUUCUCUUUUUUCUAACCAAACAGUUCAAAGCUCAUAUUUUUCUUUUUCUUCUUCUUCUUCCUCACAUUGGGUCAAUAAACCCCUCAAAAUGGAGUUUCCUGAGAUCAAUAUGAUCAGCGAUUUUGAAGCAGGUGUAAAAUGUCUACAAAACCCAUCUCUGGUUUCUCGAUUCUUUCAACUUUCACCCUUAGAAAAAGUUCCUCAAGUUUACAGUUUCUGGAAAUGGGGUGCUUUAAUUCUCGCCAUUUUAGCUACUUUCAGCAGCUUAAUAAGAAAAAUCAAGCUAUUAUUCAUUUACGUUCGUAGAAUUAAACCUUCUGCUGAACCCCUUCUUCAAUAUCUCGGCGAAGAUUUCGAUAUUUCCGAUGAUGAUGAAGAUGCCGGUGAUGAUAAAUGCUCGUCUCCGGCGUCUUCUGAUGAUGAGGAUCUAUUAGAUCAACAGAUUGAUGAGGAUUUUACUGUUGCGGGUUCGUGUUUUUAUUUCAGGGAAAAAGGGCAAAAUAGGAAUUUGAGAUUCCGACGACGGCGAAAUAGCUUAGAGAGGUUUCCAUGGACGGAAUUUUCCGCUGGAAAGAAUGUUGUGAAGCUAUGGGAUAGUUUAGCUUUAGGUUUAGAUUAUGAAUAUGAAGAUUUAUCGAAAAGUGUAGUUUCGUUAUGGGAUUUGAAUCAGGAAGAGAAAAUAGGAAAUUUGUUUUCUGGGUCUUCUGAGGUUCCGUCGGUGGCAAUGGCGUCGCCUUCGGUAGUUUUGUCAUCGGAAGUACAAAACGACCGGAACGGUGUUGUUUUAGCUGCUUAUGAUACGAGGAUGAAAACUAAAUCGCCGGCGAUAUGUGCUGAUUGGGGUGCCGGAUCAGUUACGGUCGUCGGAGUUAAUGGUUCCGACGUCGGAAAAAUUUACGUAAGAAACGAAGCCGCCGGGAUGUUGACGGUUGGUGAUAUGAGAAACGUGAAGACGCCGUUAGAGAAAAUUGACGGUGACACGUGGUGGGACGCAGACGCCGUUAUUGUCGAAGAAAAAUUUGACGGUUCAAAAAAUUGACUAGUGUUCUUCAAUGAAAUGAUCUAGAAAGGGUAAAAUCGUCAAUGAAACUCGUCGGAUUAUUUCUGUAUAUAAUUAUUAUUUUCGACAAUUAUUGAAAAUGAUGAUAAAUUAAUGUUUGGUCAA